AUGCCGCCUCGCCGCUCGACGCGCGCGGCUCGCGCAUCCGCCGAGCCCGCCCCUGCUCCGAAAGCAGCGCCGUCAAAACGCAAACGCACCGAUCCCGUCGCCGAAGCCGAGCAAGAGAACAUCAAACCCGCACCAAGAACGCGUAGGUCGACAUCAACCAACCCCGGUACAGCGCCGGCACCGAAGGGCCGCGUUUCAACCCGCGCGCGGAAGUCUCUGGAAGAUGUACCAGAGUCCGACGAUGAGAUUCAGGAGAUAGAGCCACCGCGCCCUGCGAAGAAGUCGCGCCCCUCGUUAGAGACGGACGAGGGGGACGAUGACGACGAUGAAGUGGUCGAAGAAGCCUCUGCAGCCCUUGCACAAGUAGCAGAGGAGGAAGAGGAGCAUUCGCUCUUGGAUCCCCCCAUAUCAUCUGCCCCUCCGCCGCAAGUUAUGCCUGCGAUCCCCGAGGAGCCGCAAGGGCCCAAACCCCGUCUCGUCAUCUAUAAGAUGGCUCUGGUUAAUUUCAAGAGUUAUGCUGGUAGGCAAGAGAUCGGUCCAUUCCACAAGUCCUUCUCAGCCAUUGUGGGCCCGAAUGGCUCGGGGAAGUCUAAUACAAUCGACGCUCUGUUAUUUGUCUUUGGUUAUCGAGCCUCGAAGAUGCGCCAGGGAAAGCUGUCUGAGUUGAUCCACAAUAGCGCGAGAUAUCCUGACUUGGAUGAGUGCAGCGUCGAAGUGCAUUUCCGGGAAAUCAUGGAUUUGCCCGGACCGGACGCAUUCGAGGUCAUUCCUGACUCUACGCUUGUGGUCGCGCGCACGGCAUUCAAGAACAAUUCGAGCAGGUAUACGAUCAAUAGCCGCCAAAGCAACUACAAGGAGGUUCAGACGUUGCUCAAGGGUCGGGGUAUCGACCUCGAUCACAAUCGCUUUCUGAUUCUGCAGGGUGAAGUAGAAUCUAUCGCGCAAAUGAAGCCAAAAGCACCUUCAGAACAUGAGGAUGGCUUGCUCGAGUAUCUCGAGGACAUCAUUGGCACCUCCCAGUACAAGGAGCCAAUCGAGGAAGCGCUUACCGACAUGGACCACCUCUCUGAGGAGCGCACAGAGAAGCUUAACAGGCUGCGAAUCGUAGAGCGGGACCGCAACGCGCUGGAGGCUAAGAAGAAGGAGGCUGAGAACUACCUGCGCAUGUUCAACGAACACGUCCGUGCGCUGUCGCGGUUGUGGCAGUGGUACCUAUGGCAGUGUCUAAUGAACGCCGAAGCAUUCGAGAAGAAAAUCGAAGGGCUCGAGGGCGAUCUUGAACACGAGCAAGAGCAGAAUCGCGAUGACAUUGAACAUUAUGAGGCUCUCAAGAAACACUACAACGAGCGUGUUGCCAUCUACGAGGAAGUCAAAGCGGCCGCAGCGGAAGCCAUGAAAGAUCUCGCUGCGCAAGAGAAACAGCAAGUUAGUCUAGACGAGAAGAGAAAGCACGCUAAUAGCAAGGCAAAGAAGCUCAAGAAGUCUUUGCAAGACGAUGAACAUGCUCGCAGCGAUGCCUUGCGUGCGAUCGAAGAGAACACCGCAAAGAUCGAGCGAGAGAAAGCCAAACUCGAGGAGCUGGAAGAAUCGCUCGCACAAGAAGAGGACGUACUUGAGGAGAUCCGUGAUAGCUUGAAAGAUAAAACGCAAGUAUUCCACGACAAGAUCGAGAUUAAGCAGAAGGAGCUGCAGCCAUGGACUGCCAAGAUCAACGCCAAACAAGCGGAGAUUGACUUGGCGGCCAGUGAACGUGACAUGCUCGCCAAGAAAGCUGAAAGUGCAAUGGCUGCGAGCAAAGAAGCGCAAGACCAGCUAGAACAGCUCCAAGCCGAUCAGGAGGCUAAGGUCGCAGAAUUGAGAAGCCUCAAGGAGACCAGGAGGAACAGCGCAGAGGAGGUACAGGAGAAGGAGCAGAGCCUCCAGGAUUUGCAAGCGCGCGUACAGCAGCUGCGGGGCAAGGCAUCUGCGUCUCGUCAGAAGGCUGAAGAAGCUAAGGCCUCGCAGGCGGCGAGUACAUCGCAGAACAAAGUCUUGGACAGCCUUACUCGUCUCCGUAGUACCGGCCGGAUAUCAGGCUUCCAUGGCCGACUUGGCAGCCUCGGCACUAUCCCCGAUAAGUACGACGUCGCCGUGUCGACAGCAUGUGGGGCGCUCAACAACUUGGUCGUGGACACUGUUGAGCAAGGUCAGGCAUGUAUCGAGUACCUACGCAAGCAGAACGUGGGCCGAGCCUCCUUCAUGGUGCUCGAGAAGCUGUCCAAUCGCGGUAUGGAGAAAAUCAAUACCCCAGAGAACGUUCCGAGGCUAUUCGAUCUCAUCAAGCCCAAGGACCCACGCUUCGCUCCGGCGUUCUUCAAGGGCGUAAAUAACACUCUGGUCGCCGAUGACCUUGAUCAAGCAAAUCGCAUUGCAUUUGGCGGAUCCAGGAGAUGGCGUGUGGUCACACUGGCUGGCCAAUUGAUCGAUUCCUCUGGAACAAUGUCUGGCGGUGGUACUCAUGUCGCACGGGGCGGUAUGAGCUCCAAGUUGGCGGCGGAAGCCGUUCCACCAGAUGUCAUAAGGAAGUAUGACCAGGACAGUGAGCAAGCUGCCAGAGAGCUCGAGCAGGCGCAGGAGCAUCUUCGUCAGAUUGAAGCCGAGCUGGAAGCUGUAUCCAGAUCCGGGCCGCAACUCGACAUUGCUAUCGAGAAGGCAACGCUGGGCAUUCAGACUGGCGCCAAGCGUAUCGCUGACGCCGAAAAACGCAUGCGAGAGCUCAAGUCCCAGACAAAGCCUAACGCCGGCGACAUGGCUCGCAUCAAGACACUUGAAGCAGAGAUCGCCUCGUCUACCUCAGAGCUCGAAAAGCUGCAGAAGAAGACGGGUGCAAUCGAGCAGGAGAUCAAGGCUCUGGAGAAGAAGAUCCUCGAGAUCGGUGGUGCGCGUCUAUUGUCGCAAAAGUCCAAGGUCGAUGGUAUACGUCUCCAUAUCAAUCUCGCAAACGACGAGAUCACCAAGACCGAAGUUGCUAAGGCAAAAGCGGAUAAGGACUCUGUUAAGCUAGAAGCCACCGUCGAAUCUAACACCAGGGCCUUGAAGGAGGUCGAGGCUGAGCUAGCGGAACUCACUGAACAGAUUCAGGAGAUCGCUGACUACGUCCGUGAGCUCCAGGAGAAAGUCGAGGCGGCGCAGGCCGCAGCAGAGAACUCAAAAGACGAUCUAGAGACCAGGAAGAACGAGCUGGAUGCAAAAGAGGAGGAAAUCCAGAAGUUCCGGCAGAAGGAGAUGGAACUCGAGCAGUCCUUAAACGAUGCCAAGAAGGACGCUACCGAGAACGAGCGCACCCUUGAUCAUUGGAGAACUCAACACGACAACCUCAACUUGGAGGAGGUCGAGUCAGUUGAUGAUGACGACGACGAAGGGGAUGCAGGGCCGAACGCCGACGCUACAGAUGUCAAGCCAGAUCCGGAUAAGCCUCCCAAAGGCAAGGCCCGUGCUCGCUCGCCCUCCGAUGAGCUCCACGUCUACAGCGCUGAGGAGUUGUCCCAGUUCAGAAAGAGGGAGCUCAUCGCGGAUGCCGAGUUGCUCGACGAGAAACUCAAGAACUCCAAGCCUGAUCUCAGUGUGCUGAAGGACUACCGAAAGCGUGAAGAGGAGUUCUUGAAACGCGCGCAGGAUCUCGAGGCUGUCACGAAAGAGCGAGAUGCCAAGAAGCAAGAAUAUGACAGACUCACUAAGCAGCGUCUCGAUGAGUUCAUGGCGGGCUUCGGUACAAUAUCCCUGAAGCUGAAGGAGAUGUACCAGAUGAUCACGCUCGGUGGUAACGCUGAGCUAGAGCUCGUUGACAGCAUGGAUCCGUUCUCGGAAGGCAUCAUCUUCAGUGUUAUGCCGCCGAAGAAGAGCUGGAAAAACAUCUCCAAUCUAUCAGGCGGAGAGAAGACGUUGAGUUCUCUCGCCUUGGUGUUCGCUUUGCACGUGUAUAAGCCUACCCCGCUCUACUUCAUGGACGAGAUUGAUGCGGCGCUUGACUUCCGCAACGUAUCGAUUGUCGCGAACUACAUCAAAGACCGCACGAAGAACGCGCAAUUUAUCAUCAUUUCGCUGAGAAACGACAUGUUCGAGUUGAGUCAUCGACUCAUCGGUAUCUACAAGACGGCGAAUGCUACACGCAGUAUUUCCAUCGACAACCAGCCUCUGAAUACUAUCCCACUAAAUGCAGUAUCCGCAUGA